CUUUCGUUGGCGCGUGAGGCGACCCCCCUGCUUCGUCGCCGUCCUCGCCUCCCGCGGCCUGCGACGCACUUCCUCUACCCGCCCUAAAAUGGCGGCUGAGGUGGACUUCGGCGACCUGGAGCUCUUCGAACAGCUGGACGCGGACCAGCCCGCGGCGACGCCCGCCCCGACCCUUCACGCGAGCCUCGACGAGGAGGUGGAGGAGCUGCGCGAGCGGCUGCGGGAGUGCCAGGAGACCGUGAGGGAGCUGCGGGCCGAGAAUCGUGAGCUCAGAAGAAAACUGAACAUACUUACGCGACCAAGUGGACUUACAGUGGAUGACUCUAAACAUGAUGGGCCUUUGUUACAGAUUUUAUUUAUGAACAAUACUGUUUCAAAGCAGUAUCACCAAGAAAUAGAGGACUUCAUAUCUAGCUUAGUUCAAAGAUAUGAGGAGCAACAGAGAGCCGAGUCUGACAAGACGCACUUCAAUGUUAAGCCACAGCCCUCUAGUUUUGUGCUGGAAGAAGACUAUAAAGGGACAAGCUCAAAUCCAUCCAAAAAGUUGAAAGAAGCUUUUAGCGUUAUAGGGAGUGUGUUCUAUUUUACCCAUUUUUGUCUUGAUAAACUGGGGCAGCCUAUAUUAAAUGAAAAUCCUCAGCUCACAGACGGAUGGGAAAUACCCAAAUAUCAGCAAGUUUUCACACAGAUUCUCUCUCUAGAUGGACAAGAGAUACAAGUAAAGCCUAAGAGGCCAAAACCUCAUUGCUUCAACUGUGGAUGUGAAGACCAUCAAAUGAAAGAUUGCCCACAGCCACGAAAUGCUGCCCGUAUUAGUGAAAAAAGAAAACAAUUCAUGGAAGCUUGUGGGGAAGCAAGCAACCAAAGCUUCCAGCAGCGGUACCAUGCCGAUGAAGUUGAAGAAAGGUUUGGAAGGUUUAAACCGGGAAUAAUUAGUGAGGAACUUCAGGAUGCGCUUGGUGUCACAGACCAGACUCUUCCUCCCUUCAUAUAUCGGAUGCGGCAGUUGGGUUACCCCCCAGGUUGGCUCAAAGAAGCAGAAAUGGAAAGAUCUGGGCUAACUCUCUAUGAUGGUAAAGCUGAAAUGAGUGCAUCUCCCGGUGGUGAAACUGAGGAGGAAGAAUACUACCAACAGAAUCGAUGCAUCUCUUACGAUGUCUCCAAGUUGAUAAACUAUCCAGGUUUUAAUAUAUCCACUCCCAGUGGAGUCACAGAUGAGUGGAGGAUGUUUGGCUCUAUACCCAUGCAACCAUCUCAGCAGAAAGAUAUAUUUGCCCACUAUCUUUCUACCUAUCAUUCGGCAAGUCCAAAGUCCAGCAGUAAAAGACCUUCACCUCACCAGAGCACUCAUAAUCCAAAAAGGCAGAAGAAAAACAGUACUGAAGUAUUGUCAGCUGAUAUGGAGAUAGAUUCUGAUUUAGAAAUGCUGCAAGGUUCUCCAGGUUACGAUAGCUUCCGGUUCCAGCCUCCGCUGCCUCCUGAGUCUCCACGGAAUGCAACUCCUCCCCCUUUGCCAAGAGGUACCCCUCCAUUCACUCCGCCCAACUUUACCCCUCCUCAGCCACCUUCAUCUACUCCACCACCUCUUCCUCAAGAUACUCUGCCUUUGAAUACUCCCAAUGACUCUGCUUCAGUGAGAAUAGAAAACGAGGACACUUUGACCCUGGAAGAGCUUGAAGAGCAGCAGCGUCUGAUUUGGGCAGCCCUUGAGCAGGCAGACAGUGCAAAUAGUGACUCUGAAAUUCCUGUAGGAACUCCUCUAACAGGAAACUCCGUCGCGUCAUCACCAUUUAGAACUGAGUCAGACAGUCUUCCAGAAGGUGCAGUGUGUAAGACAUUAGAUGUAUCAGAGCCUGGACCUUCGGACAAUAGUGAACAGAUGCUUAAAGCAGAGCAGUCUGAAGAGAAGCAGAGUUCAGCUGAUGAAUUGGUUGACUUAACAGGAGAAGAAGAACCACCAUCCAACCAGGUAGAUUCUGAAAGUGUAGCUGAUUCUGAAAGCGUAGCUGAGAACUGCCCCUCCAUCUCAAUGUGUGAAGCAAGCCAAGGGGUAGAUGGUGGCAGCUCCCCUGUGGUCAUCAGCACACAAGGGUCUUCUAAAAAUGCUAGCCCCAUCCCAGACAUGAGCAAGUUUGCUGCAGGGAUAACACCAUUUGAAUUUGAAAAUAUGGCCGAAUCAACAGGGAUUUACCUCCGAAUAAGAAGUGUAUUAAAGAACUCUCCCAGGAACCAGCAGAAGAACAAGAAGGCUUCCGUUUAAUUGCCUUUCUGUUGCGGUACAGUUGUCUAAGAAAGAGACCAAGUCUGUCCAUUAACAUGAGAUGCUCCUCUGUAUUUUCUUACAUAAACACCGUUAAGAACAGACGCCUGAGAACACUACUGCUUUGUUCUUCUUUAAAUGGGUUCUAAAAGUCCAGUGUAUAGGGCUUCCACUGAAGACAGAAGUUUCCACUCAUAGAUGAGUGUUACUGAAUGUGCUAGUCAAAAUGUGUUGCGUUCACAUCAGGAAAUGUGCUCCAAGUAUCCGUCAAUCUUAAUGCUCUCUUUUGACUUGUGAGUUUCAGCAGCAACAGUGGAGUUUUUGUCUGUGCUGUGUAAAUGAGGCCUGCGCUUUCCAUGUUGAGCUGGUCACCCUGUAGAUAAGCUUACUGCCAGUGUUUUGAAAAGAUUCUAAACUUUUAAAGAUGCUUUCCCCCAUUUUAAAAUAAGAGAAAAUUUCUGGCAAUCAAAUGGGAAUAAUCAGGGAUUACUUAGCAAUUAUCUCUACCAUUUUUGAAGAGUUUUAUAAAUAAUUUAUGCUGGUCAGAUUUUUUUUAGUGCUGCAGUUUUGUAACAUCGUCAUAUUUUGAACUUGCUGUACAUUUAUGUUGAUGCCAGUGUACAGCGGUUUAAUAAACAAGAUUUUUCAUA